AUGGCCUUGCCCUUUUCUUUGCUGAUGGCCCUGCUGGUGGUCAGCUGCAAGUCCAUCUACUCUCUGGGCUGUGAUCUUCCUCGGAUCCAAAGCCUGGGUAACAAGAGGGCCUUAAUGCUCCUGGCACGAAUGAGGAGAAUCUCUCCUUUCUCCUGCUUGAAGGACAGAUAUGACUUUGAAUUCCCCCAGGAGGAGUCUCAUGUCAACCAGAACCAAAAGGCUCAAGCUAUCUCUCUCUUUUAUGAGAUGAUCCAGCAGACCUUCAAUCUCUUCAUCACAAAGGACUCAUCUGCUGCUUGGAAUGAGACCCUCCUAGGCAGAUUCUGCACUGGACUUUAUCAGCAGCUGGAUGACCUGGAAGCCUGUGUGAUGCAGGAGAUAGAGAUAGAAGAGAAACCCCUGAUGGAUGAGGACUCCUUCCUGGCUGUGAGAAAGUACUUCCAAAGAAUCAUUUUCUUCCUGAAAAGGAAGAAAUACAGCGCUUGUGCCUGGGAGGUUGUCAGAAUAGAAAUCAUGAGAUCCUUCUUUUUAUUAUCAAAUUUGCUAAAAAGAUUAAGGAUCGAGGAGUGGGACUGGGUCUAA